CCGGGCAUGUACCUCUGCGUCCUCGCGUUCUCUCCGCCCGGGGCACCUGUGUUGGGAAAUAUGUAAGCCACCACACAAUCACGGCCUCAGACCUGCAACACACUAUUGGCUCACGGGAGAGUUUUACCUGCGUGUGGGAGUGCCCACCGUCAGCUUUCCCUUCCUCUUCUUCGUCUCGGGACAGUCCGGCGAACAAUCCAAGUGGGAAUUGAAUCAGCAUUCCCAGGACUCCUAUCAUGGAGCCGAUCACUUCGUGGAGCUCAGAGAGAGUGAGCGAGUGGCUCAAAGGUCUGGAGGCCCCCCUGCAGCAGUACCCGUUCUCUGAGUGGCAUCUGUCGGGGAUUGACCUGCUGCAGUUGACCUCCCAGGAGCUGGAGACACUCGGGGUUACCAAGAUCGGACACCAGGAGCUCAUCCUAGAGGCCGUGGAGAAGCUCUGCGCACUGAUUUACGGCCUGGGAGGAGAGAGUCUGCGCAGCCUGACGGAGAAGCUGCGUGGCGUAGCGCACCACCUGCAGAUGAACAUCCAGAGUCGCUGGAGCCUGCGCUCCUACAACAGCCACAGCGCCUCCAAGCUGCCCGCGAGGGAACUGCAGGAGGUGCUGGACCUCAUCACCACAGCCAAGGGCCUCUUCUCCCUGCUCAACAGGUACCAGUUCUCCCAGCUCUGCGGAUUCACUGCCAGCAAGAACAUCAUCACGCUAUGCAGGGACCUGGGCACCACCGUGCAAAAGGACAUCACUAUCUAUGAGAAGGAGAAGGACAUCAUCUCCAUAUGUCGGCAGCUGGUGGCGGUGUGUGACGAGAUCCUGACUGGCAGCCCCGACGCCCUGCUCUCACACACGACCCGGCUCGAGAGUGUGGACCUGGUGCCCUCUGACCCAGGAGACCAACUGGGAGUAGAGAUCAUCUCCACUGGCUCCAGUAAUCAUUAUGUCACAGGCUCAGUAGCAAAGUCUGCUGCUGAGUUCUGUGAGAAGAUCCUGGCUGGAGAUGAGGUGGUGCAGGUGAACGACCAGAUCGUGGUGGGCUGGAGUCGGGGCCUGCUGAAGAAACUUCAGGAGAACCCCCAAAAGGAGAGGAAGACGAGGAGAGGAGACACUCCAUCUUUGAGCGAAGUCGCUUGCCUCAGUCAGGUCAAGCUGUCCUUCAGGUCUGCCGUCAGUGGGCCUGAGGCCCGGCAGCUGAUGGGUCAAGAGGAGCCGGAGUUCCCUAGCGACAGCGGUGUGGACGACAGAGGAACUAACACUUCACACCACAACCACAGGGGUGCAGAGAGUGAGGAGCUGGAUCGGUCUAGGUCAAGCUUAGGACUGGAGCUAGAGGUGCCAGUGGGCCGCAGGUCCCCCUCACCCUGCCCUUCACCAAGGGCUCUGGAGCUGGCACGAAGCAGCGUCAGCUCCUGCCCCGAGAUGGGAGGACACAGGGAAGAAACCAAGAAGAGCUCUACAAAAGGUAAGACCACGGCGAUGAGUCGUCGGCGAGUGUCGUGCCGGGAGCUAGGUCGCCCCGACUGCGACGGCUGGCUGUGGAAGAAGCGCAAGGAGACGAGCAUGUUCAUGACCCAGAAGUGGCAGCGGUUCUGGUUCGUGCUCAAGGGAACCACACUCUACUGGUACAACAGCCAACAGGAAGAGAAAGCAGAAGGCCUGGUCCAGAUUGGCAGCUACAGUAUUGAAAGUGCUGGAGAACACAAGAGGAAGUAUGUCUUCAAAAUGUGCCACCAGCGUUUCCACAAUUUCUUCUUCGCCGCAGACAACGUGAACGAGAUGAGCAAGUGGAUCAACAGUCUGAUCACCGCUAUCCAGAAAUACAAGAAGCUCCGCAAGGACCCGCCAGACAGCGAAGAAGAGUGCUACAGUGAGACGGAAUCUGAGGACGAGGGCUCUGGGUCACCGCUAUCUCACAAGAAAAAACAUUACACAAAGACUCAGUCGAACACUUUGCCCCGCACCAAGGCCAGGAAGACCAGGACCUCCACAGAAGGAACAGUCCCUGCCACCGGGGGCAGCAAAGGAGGAGGUGAAGAUGAGAUGGGCGUUCUUUUCCAUCAACUGAAAGAGGGGGGAGUCUCACUGAUAGGCCAGGCCCAGCCGCUCACGCAUGAUCACUUCCGCAAGUCCUUCAUCCGACGCAACAAGAACCCCGUCAUCAACGAGAAGGCUCACCACCUACGCACACUACACAGCACCCUCAAGGCGAAGGAGGCGGAGCUGCAGCUCCUCAACAAGAUUCUGGACGACUCGGACCUGACGGUGGAGAAGUUCCGAGAGUGGAAGCAGUGCAAUGAGGAUCUCAUCCUUGAGAUCGACCGGCUAGCGGCCGAGAAGGAGAAAGAGAAAGAGCACGCCACGGGCCGCCGGACGAGACAGCGGAGGGGUCAGAUCCCCAAGGUGACCGCAGCGAGGUGGAGACGCAGGGUGGCAACAGCGUCGGCGUUAGCGAUGGUCAUGGAGGAGCGUUCGGACUGCGUCUGAGCCUCGGAGAAGACCUGGUGGACGCGGAGCUGCCUGAGGUGUUGGACACGACAACAACGACCACGGCCUCGGACAUCUCCCAGAUGGAGCUGUCCGGCGACCCUCUUAAUCUGAGCUCGGCCAGCGCCUCCGACAACUACUUCUACAUCUGAUGACCACCAGAAACGUCUCUAAAACUGUAACACUUCUAGAUCUGACGACCGCAAGAAACGUCCCUGUAAAAACUAAAAAAGCGUCCCUGUGAUACUUCUGAGGGCCGCUGGAAGCGUCCUUGUAAAACUAAGAUGGUCUCCAUGAGUGGUCGAGGUGUGCAUACCUGUAAAACUGCAACUGGUGCGCUACAACUGAGAUUGUUCCCACGAGGGCUAGAGGUGCCUCUGCAUAUCCACGAGGAAAUCUUCCCACAAUCCCACGUUUUUAAAUGUCCUCAUAAGGCCUCUUUUGAAUC